AUGCAGGUUCUGUUGUUAGCUGGAACAGAUACAUCUUCUGUGACAGUGGAAUGGGCAUUAUCCGCUUUGCUCAACAAUCCUGAAGUUUUGAAAAAGGCCAGAGCUGAAAUCGACUAUGUCGUGGGCAAAAACCGGGUGCUUGAAGAAUCAGAUUUGUCGAAACUGCCUUAUUUGCACAAUGUUAUCCAGGAGACGUUCCGUUUGUUCCCACCAGCGCCACUGUUAGUACCACAUGAGUCCUCUGAUGCCUGUACAAUCGGUGGAUUCAACGUCCCAAGCGGUACAAUGUUACUAGUGAAUGCCUGGGAAAUUCACAGGGAUCCUAAGGUUUGGGAUGAUGCCACGAGCUUCAAGCCUGAGAGGUUCGAAGGCGUAAAAGUGGAACCGAGUAAGCUAAUGCCGUUUGGGAUAGGAAGAAGAUCGUGUCCUGGUGCUGGCCUGGCGCAACGCGUGGUUGGCGUGGCCUUGGGUUCGUUGAUUCAGUGUUUUGAGUGGGAAAGGGUUGGUCCUGAGGAGGUUGAUCUGACUGAAGGGGUGGGCCUCACCAUGCCUAAAGCUGUGCCAUUGGAAGCCAGAUGCAAAGCCCACGAUUUCGUGCACAAUGUCCUGCCAAAUGGAGCCUAA